AGGAAAGCAGAGUUAGAACUGUGGACCGUCUGUAUAUAAGACAACACACACACGUCUCAGAUCAGUCAUCCACAGGCAUCUACAGGUGAACGAGUUCUACAGGUGACAGCUGAGCAGACCAGACAUCGCAUCAUGAAGUGGGCUAUCGUUCUGUGUGCCGUGGUGGCACUCUCGGAAUGCAUCAUCCAGGUGCCGCUGAUCAAGGGGAAGAGUGCCAGGGAGAGCCUGGAGGAGCAGGGUCUGUGGAAUGAGUACAGAGGGAAGUUCCCUUUCAACCCCACCAGGUUUGACGACCAGAACCUAUAUGUCUCCAGCGAGCAGAUGACCAACGACGCUGAUUUGGCUUAUUUUGGAGUGAUCUCCAUUGGAACUCCUCCUCAGUCCUUCACUGUCAUCUUUGACACUGGCUCAUCCAACCUGUGGAUUCCCUCCGUCUACUGCAGCAGCGCAGCUUGCGCCAACCACAACAGGUUCAACCCCRGUUUGUCCUCUACCUUCAAGAAUGCUGGGAAGAGCCUGUCCAUCCAAUACGGCACUGGCAGUAUGACUGGCUUCGAGGGCUUCGACACCGUUGUGGUGGGUGGGAUCCCUGUGAAGAACCAGAUCUUUGGGCUGAGUCAAUCGGAGGCUCCCUUCAUGGCUCAUAUGAAGGCUGAUGGUAUCCUGGGUCUGGCUUACCCCCGCCUGGCAGCCUCUCAGGCCACACCAGUCUUUGACAACAUGAUGACCCAGCAUCUCGUCAACCAGGACAUGUUCUCUGUCUACCUGACUCGGUGAGUGGUCAGAGUGGAG